AUGGGCAUUAACGAGGUUAAAAUCGCUAUUGCCGCGAUCAAAGCUGCACCUGACAAUAAAAAGGCAAUCGACACGCUGGAAAAGAUCUUGAAGAACAUCCUCACUCAUCCUUCGGAGGCGAAAUAUAGAAAGUUAAAGGUAGCUGGGAAGGUCUUUACAGAAACUCUUUUACCUGUUGAUGGAGCGUGUGAUUUCUUGUACUCGUUGGGCUUCACCGAGUCGGAAGAUGGAGCUUGGCUGCAAGUUGACGAGCUGAAUUCGGACACGAAAACGAUGUUUGUUCAUGCCGUGUUUCUGCUGAAAACUAACCAAUCUGGCCCAUCCAGCGCUCCUCUUCAAGGUACAGCGGAAUCCCCCACACCGCCAACGCCUACUCCUGUUCAACCUUCGCCAACUUCUCAAAAUCGAAAUAGAAAUCUUCAUAAGUUCAAUGGAUCCUUUCUCGACGUCCAAGAGCGGAUUCUCCGUCUUCGCAGCAGCGCCAUGAGUCACGUGCGACAGUGGGAAGAUCCAGAAACUCAGAAGAAAGUUCGCGAGACCAUCCCCGUCACUGAUUUGUUCAAAAGAGCUUCGGAACUGCUCGAGCAAAAUGCAGACACGGAAGGUUUCGAACGGGGGGAACUCCUGAAGCACUCGCUGCUGGUUACUCUGACGGAUUGGUUCAAAAAUGAGUUUUUCAAGUGGACGGAUGGGAAUAUCGUUAGAUAUAAUAACCCGGAGAAACUACUGGAAACGAGAGAAGGACGCUGUGGCGAGUGGGCAAAUUGUUUUGGUGCAAUUCUUCGGAGCUUUGCCUUUCAUGUUCGAGAGACCUACAACGUUCUGGAAGACCACGUGUGGGUAGAAGUCCGGACUCCCGGUCGAUGGACUCACGUGGAUCCUUGCGAGGACGCGAUCGACAAGCCUUUGAUGUACAAAUACGGCUGGAAGAGGAACUGUCAUCUAUGUCUUUCUUUUUCCGUGGCGGAGGGAGUUAGGGAUACCACGUGGAGGUAUAAUAAUAAACUCGACGAAGUUCGCGAAGCUCGAAAGCAACUUGUUAUUGAGUCUUGGAUGACGUCGUUUAUCAAAGAAUAUGAAGAGAAAAAGGCAAAGGUGGUCAAUUGGGAGAAAAAGAUGCAGGAAGAAGAUUGGAUAAAAGAAGCUGUCGAAUUCCUUUCCCCAAAGCCGGUGACGGAUCAAAAGUUCUCGGGAAGAACUACUGGUAGUUUGCAGUGGAGAACCUCUAGGGGUGAGACGCUCAAAAAUGUCGAAGCAACGGUAAUUGAAGUGAAGGAAGACUCGCCCGAAUUCGUCGUUCGUUAUAAUUGCGCGAAAGACAACUACUCAAUUGACGGAGAGACUUUUACCAAUUGGGCUUCUUUCGCGCAUCACAACGGGAAAAUCUUCAGGAAAGAAGAAAAGGACUGGAAGAUGUGCUACCUUGCUAUGUUGGAGGAUUCUACGGGCGACGCAGAGGUUGAGUUCAAAUUCAAACUCCCAAAGAAGCGAAUUUCUUCGAUUUCUGUCACAGCUCACUCGGCGACUUAUGAAAAUGGAAAAGUCUUUUGGAAGUUUUGCUCUGGCGAUUCUUGUACAAAAUUCAACCCUUCUGAGCAGUUCGUUUUUAAUGACCCCUCUCCGGACUCGAUUUUGAGCAUCAAAGCGUCCUUGACUGCUCCAAACUUCUGGCAACACGCUCAGCUCUUCCGACAGGCGCUGGACGACGAUUCUUUCAUGUUCGAAGUCCGAUUCAAAUUCUAA